AUUCCAUGUUGAAGAGACAACGCUGUUCCAUAAAUGCCUCAAACGCUGCAAGUAACAUCGACUAGAGGAGGGCAUUUCUGCAGCAUUUUGUAUUUAAAGCAAUACGUGCGUCUCUGAAAAUCAGGUAAAAUGGUACGAUUGGAUCUUGCUGAUGUAGUUUUGCGGAGGAUGCAGGAGAAGGACAUUGAAGCAGUAAAGGCUCUUAUUAAGGAAGGAUGUGAGGGAACGGAGAACCGCCUGAUUCUUCACCUUCUGACCCGUCCGCUUGCUCUCCUCCUGCUGGCCAUCCUCUCCUCCAUCCUGCGCUGCGUGCUGCACUCUUUCGUUUUAGCCUUGGUUAUUCCCGUCUUCAUCUCUGUCAUCUACCUCAAGCUCACCAUCCCGCGAUCGGCAGGCAUCUUGGGCUCAUGCAGACCAUACUGGGACUACAUUGGCAGCAGCUACCAUGCAGACACAGAACCAGAUUUACCCAAUCCUCACCUGGGCAGAGCCAAGCUGACUACCAACCAGGAGAAAACCAGACGGCGCAAAAAGGCCAAAGAGAAGGAGAAGAUGAAUGAGAGAGAGCAGGUGGAUGAAGAUGAGCUGAAGCAGAGGGCCAAGGUUGCUGGAGAGGUGUGGGUGGCAGACUCUGAUGGGGAGAUUGUGGGAUGCGUGGCUAGAGAUGGUUGGAGUCGGGACGGUGUUUGUAGGGUCUGCAGGCUGGUGGUCCAAUGUUGGUACCGCAGAGAGGGACUGGGCAGACUGUUGGUGCAGGGCCUGGAGUCAAGAACAAAGCAGAAAGGCGUAUGCCGGGUCUAUGCACACGUGCCAAUCCCUUCCAAAGUGGGAGAAGCUUUUUUUAGGAGGCUGGGUUAUCGUCUGCAGGGUGAGACCGCAGGGAUUGAGGAAGAGGAAGAGGACGAUUAUGAAGACCCAGAGAAGGGCUGGCUGGGGUACCCUUUAACUAAAGUGUUUGUUAAAGAUCUUUAGUGGGAUCGAAAGGAUUUAGAGAAGCUGAUGAAGAAUGCAAGGAAUAUUCUGGAUUCAAAACAAGUUAAACUCUUUCAGCCUGGAAUUUUCAAUAUCAUGAUUGUCUCAUGAUAGGUUGGGUGUUAAGACCAACUGAUUAGAUUAGAUUCGUAUUUGUGUGGUGGGACGUCCCAGCCUAUUGACCUUAUUCUGCAGUAUGGAAGUGCGCUCGUUUUUAUGAUUGUUUUAGAAUUUUCGACACAGUGUCCUAUGGGAGAAAUGACUAGCAAUAAUAAACAUCAGAAAACGGCCAAA